AUGCAUAAGCUUUGUUGUCCUUGUUGUUUCGGUAGAAGUUGUUUAGUUCCUAACCAAGGAUAUUUAUCUGAAGCUGGUGCAUCUUUAGUAGAUCAGAAGUUGCAACUUAAUAUUGUGCCAAAAACAAAGGUUGUCCGACUCACUAGUGAAACAUUUAACUACUCUGCCAUUGAUCGCGCAAAAUCGAGAACAAAGAAAAACAUGGUGCAGAGGUUUCCAAAGUUUCCACUGCAUUUUAAUAGAAUUGGUCUCCCACCUAAGGUAGGAUCUUUCCAACUGUUUGUUGAUGGAUAUAAAGAUGCUGAUUACUGGAUAAAAAAGUUUGAAUCAGAACCUUUACCUGAAGAUAUACAAAGGCAAUUCCAACUUCAGUUUGAACGUCUUGUUGUUUUAGAUUACAUUAUUCGAAACACUGAUCGUGGAAAUGAUAAUUGGUUGAUAAAAUAUGAAAAGCCUGAUAACUUACAACGCAUAUGUAACGUGCCCCGUCCAACAGAAAUAAAAAUAGCUGCUAUUGAUAAUGGCUUGGCAUUCCCUUUCAAACACCCAGAUGAGUGGCGAGCAUAUCCCUACUAUUGGGCUUGGCUUCCUGUUGCAAAAAUACCAUUUUCUUCUGAAACUCGUGACCUUGUACUUCCUCAACUAUCUGACAUGAACUUUGUCCAAGAUCUCUGUGAUGAUUUGAAUGAUUUAUUUAAAGCUGAUUUGGGUUUUGAUCGAAAUGUAUUUGAAAAACAAAUGUCUGUCAUGAGGGGACAAAUUUUAAAUCUGACUCAAGCAUUGAAGGAUGGAAAAUCUCCUGUGCAAUUAGUACAGAUGACACCUGUUAUAGUUGAACGUAGCAAAAGUGGAGUCAGAGGGAGAAUUCGUGCCAUUAAUGACAGUUUCACUCAAACUUUUCAGAACAAAGCACCUUUCUUUUCAUGGUGUUGAGGAUGGUGAUUUGUGAGGACUUAGAAGAAUCAAAAGGGAUAAACUAUUUUCCACUUGACAAAGAUUAAUUUUUAAAAAGAUUAUCUCUAUUUGUUUUAUGUGGUUCUUCCAAAUUGUUUAACAUAAAUU